AUGUUAACCGGAUUGGAUGAAAUCUUUCUGAUACUCUCAACAGCAGAAUUCAUAAUUGGAAUGUUGGGAAAUGUGUUCAUUGGACUGGUAAGCUGCUCUGAGUGGAUCAAGAACCAAAAAAUGUCUUUCAUUGACUUCAUCCUCACCUGCUUGGCUAUCUCCAGAAUCACUCAGCUGCUGGUGUCCUUGUUUGAAUCAUUUGAAAUGGUACUACCUUCAUUUUUCUAUUCCACUUGGAAAGUAGCAAAAUCUAUUACUUUGCUUUGGAGAGUAACUAAUCACUUUACUGCCUGGCUUACCACCUGCCUAAGUGUUUUCUACCUCCUUAAAAUAGCUCACUUCUCCCAGUCGGUUUUCCUCUGGUUGAAGUGGAGAAUGAACAGAGUGGUUCUUGCAAUUCUUGCAGUUUCUUUGUUCUUUCUAAUGUUUGACUUCCUAGUGCUAGAAUCACUUAAUGAUUUCUUCUUAAACUUCUAUGUGAUGGAUGAAAGUAAGCUGACUUUACAUAUGAAUGAGAAUAAAACCCUUUAUUUUAAAACGCUGAUUCUUCUUAGUUUUUCCUAUACCAUUCCUAUUGUUCUGUCCCUGACCUCACUGGUCCUUUUAUUUCUGUCCUUGGUAAGACACAUCAGAAAUUUGCAGCUCAACUCCAUGGCGUCCAGGGACCCCAGCACAUUGGCCCAUAAGAGGGCCAUUAAAAUGGUGAUGUCUUUCCUCCUUCUCUCCACAGUCCAUUUUUCUUCCAUCCUAUUGGCAAACUGGACGCUUUUUAUAUUUUGGAACAACAAGUUCACAAAGUUUAUCUUCUUGGCCAUAUAUGUCUUUCCCUCCGGCCACUCAUUAAUUUUGAUCCUGGGAAGCAGAAAACUGAGACAGACAGCCUUGAAGGUACUGUGGCAUCUUAAAAGCACCUUGAAAAGAGAAACAAGUUUCAUCAGGAUAGACUUUCCAGAGUCUUUUAGGAAUAAAGACUUAAUGAGAAGACUUUGA